AUGGGAGACAGCAAAGAGACAGAAAUGCUCGCAGACGAUGACUGGCGCGAAGCUGUGAAUCGCAGUCUCGGCAUCGACAACACAACGCGAUGGUCCUCAUGGUAUAAAACCAUCAGUGUUGCCCUCGAUAAGAAGGUACAGAUCGUCCAGUUUAUGGUAGACCAUGACAAGGACAUUGGCCUCACUAAUCUUCUAACGGGCGCUGACUGGGAUAUACUAUCGAAAACCCAUGCUUUUCUCCAGCCUUUUACUGAGGCAACGCUGAUAACAGAAGGCGAUAAAGCGAGCAUUUGCAGUACACUGCGGCUGAUGGAUGGUCUUCUCAGCCACUUCGAGAAAGCGAAGAUACACUACUCGACCCCGGAAUUCCAUGAUAGUCGCAUGCUUCAUUCUAUCGAAAUGGGAUGGUUUGUACUCAUUAAAUACUACACCAUGUCUGAAGAGGCUCCCGUUUACGUCGCCGCUCUUCUUCUCGAUCCACGCUGUCGGAAAGCAUACUUGGAUAAGAACUGGAAGAGUGCAUGGAUCAAUCCGGCGAUUGCGGGUGUCCGACAGGUAUGGGAGGAGGAAUACAAUAUCAACAACAGCGUCAAUGAUAUAGAUGGAGACAUUGUAACUACUCCAGAAGAUACUCCAGUCGCGCCAGGGAAGCCGCCUUCGCAGCUACAGCUUUUGCUGCAGGAGAUGGAGGUCGAGACGGCUGUGUCAACAGACAGUGAUAACCUAGAGGCAUUUAUCAAUGCUCCAGCUAUCAAGAUUGAUUGCGAACCUCUAGAGUGGUGGUGUCGCACUGAACAACGACGGCAAUUUCCACGCCUUAGCCGCACUCCAGAGCUUCAACUACAUCACUACCAAGCCGAUUUCGACGAUCUGUAA